CAUUUGAGCUCUUUAUAUGCUUUCGGUGUUUAUUCGCCACUCUGUUUUAAACACACGUCUGUCGUAUCUACUAGUUACCCCUUUUAAUAUCAUAUGUACGUCAGCUAGCUGUCUGGUUAAGGUAGCAGUAGCACUAGGCUAAUCGCUAAUGCUAACAUCCCCGACCAUGAGUUCAAAAAGCUACCACACCUCUGUUGAAGAGGAGGACUGCUGGACGGAGAGAAACGCUCUCGUGAAAGAGGAAAGGGAAGAGGAGGCUGUCACUGUUAAACAAGAAGUAAAGGAUGAGGCUGUUACAGUGAAAGACGUUUCAGUGAAAGAGGAGGGGGAAGAUAAACAAGAGGGUGCAGUUUUUACAGUGAAAGAGGAGGAAGACGUUUUUGGAGUGAAGGAGGAUGCGGAGAUUACUGUCACAUUGGAGGAGGAAGAAGAGCAGAAUGGAGAUCUGAUUAACACCAGAGAGACACCAGACUCAGAAGAUCCAGAGCAAGAGACGUCUGAACCAGCAAGACGACACCACUGUUCCCACUGUGGAAAGACUUUUACCCAGUUACGGACACUGAAGGUGCAUGAAAGAAUACACACUGGAGAGAAGCCCUACCAAUGUUCCCAGUGUGGAAAGAGUUUUACCCAGUUAGGGAGCCUGAAAAUACAUAAUAGAAUUCACACCGGAGAGAAGCCUUACCAAUGCUCCCAGUGUGGAAAGAGAUGUUCACAGUUAAGUUGCUUGAAAUCACAUGAGAGAAUGCACACAGGAGAUAAGCCUCACAAAUGCCCUCAAUGUGGUAAUACUUUUAAGCGGUUAAGUAACCUGAAAGAACAUCAAAGAGUACACACAGGGGAAAAGCCUUACUACUGUUUAUAUUGCGAAAAGCGUUUCAGCUGGGUAAGGCAACUGAAAGAGCAUGAGAGAACACACACCGGAGAG